AUGCACGCGACAAAAACAAUCGAACCACCGUCUUCUUCGAGAGAUGCUGUUGUCCGUGAGAUUAAUAAAUUUGAUUUCGACCCUGAAUCUGGACAAGUUUCUGCAAUUCCGCUCAAGCAACCUGAGGAUAUGUUUGGAACCAACUUUGCCCAGUUUAAUGUUGCACGGAAAGUUCGACUGUUGCUGCGGAAACUGAGUAUAGUUGGAAGUGUUGUGUUUGCAAAUUUCAUGCUCCUCAAACCUUCUCGUGAUCUUGACUUCGCAGAUUCAAUCAAGAUUCUGAACCAGAUAUUCGUCUGGCAUCGUGACACCGGAGCAAUUCCUGUCGCUUCUGGAUCUCCACGCCUCCAAGACAUUUCCGCACAUCUGGAAAACUUUAUCCCGACGCCAUCGUCAGCCAACCUAUUGGGUGCCCGUCGACCGGAAGCAGAUCCGCCGAGCCAACUACACCGCCAUCCAGGCCCUAUACCACCAAAGACGGAAAGGUGCAGCGUCUGCUGUGCUUGA